UACGGUCUAGGGUGUGAAUUGUCAAAACCUAACAAAAUGCAAUGAGCUUGUCUCACCACAGCUAGCUCGCAAGGAGAAAUUUUAACAGUGACGUUCUCUUAAAGAAGCAUGUUAUUAUGCACCACUGCAAACCUUUUUCGCCUUUCACAACCACGCUUUAUGCAUUUUUCGCGCGCAUUUCAUAGUUUCCCAUCCAGGCGUAUACUCGCGUGCACUGAACGCAUGCCAUGCGAAUGUCGCACAACAAAAAACAGCUGACUUUAUCAGUCAUCAUGCAGUGAAUAAGAAAAAACAGAGACGCGUAAAAGUAAAUUUUUCUAAUUGCAUUCUUUGUGUGUUGUUUUUAGUGAAAACAAAAAAAAGUUUAAUACUAUUAGUUAAAAACUCAAAGUCAGCAUAUUUGUGUGUUAAGAAACGUAAAAACUUUAUUUGCGCAUAAGCGUUACACGCUAUGGAGCAGGUUGCACAUGUAGAAGCAUGCCGCCUGUGCGCGAAUUUUUUCGUGACCGGUGCUGAGGUCGAAUUUGUGCAUCUUUUCCAACCACUGGACGGACUUGAGGAGCAGCUGCAGUUUGCGCGCACCGAAUUGGGCAAUUGGCACGUACAGAUUUCGGACAGUGAUGGCUUGCCGCAGCGUAUUUGUGCCAAUUGUUUUACACAAUUUUGCAAUAUAUAUGCGUUUCGUCAGCAAUGUGCAUUGGCACAACAAAAAUUGUUGCAAUCAUUUGUGGGCGUUGGUCUGAACGCAGACAAUGCAACUACAGGCGAGGCUAAGCAACAACAGACAAGCACAAACGCUGAUUUGACCAGCGACAGUGAGCUGCUAAAUGGGCUGAAAAUCGAUGCACCAGUGACCAGCGCCGAAUUAAUGGCUAGUUUAGAUUGCUUACAAACGCCCACCACCAGUGCUGAUGUGAUCGCCAGCUUAGAUGGCAUGCAGCUGCCCGCUAGUGUGGCGGAGACGCUCUCCAUGCUCACACAGGAGCUGACUACAAUGCAAAAUGGCACACUGCUGGAUAAUAGCGCCAAUUCCAUAACCACGCACGCUAAUAUGGACACGAAGACGGCACAAACGAAUGUUUUGCAGUUUAACGCGACUACAACAACACAAAACAUAUACUAUACACAACAGACGCCAAUCACCACAGUCAGCGCAGACACAAACACGCCAGCGACUUUAGUGACGGCCAGCGCCAGCACGCCAAAGCAUGCUACAAAAUGCAGCAAAGUCAGUGAUAUUGAUUUGGAGGAUAUGCUACAGGGUAGCAUUAUACAGAAGAGCAACAAUACGUCCGCAGAUUUAAAGGCUGCAGCGCAAACUAACCGCACAGUGGCACAGCAGCCUUACGCCAGCUACGAUGAGCUGUUGGAAGAUGAUAUGGACCUUAUCUCAUGCUCCGAUCCCGAGGACACACACGAAAUGGACGAGCUCGAGGCCGAUAUGGACCCCACAACACAAACACGCAUCUCACGCAAUCCCUACGCCUGUCAAUACUGCUACUGCCCGAAUUCCGGCUCCAUUGAUCACCUGGUCUUCGAUAGCGCCGAUGCGCUUUCGCAGCAUUUCUUUGACGUGCACGAUCCCAAUUUGCCCUACACAUGUCCGUAUUGCCCGCAAAAGUAUAGCUCCGUCAAGCAACGCGACUAUCAUGUGCGGCUCAUACACCCGACCGCUGCCAAAUCCGAACACUGCAAUUACUGCAAAAAGACGCUACGCUCGCCAAAGGAAUUGCAUGAGUUCAACUGUCAAUAUGUAAGCAAUUGGCAAUGCGAUACGUGCGAUGAACGCUUUCUGCAAGUGCCAUUGGGGCGUUUUCGCACACAUCAGCGUCAUCACGCCGCCAGCAAAUUUAAAUGUCGCGAUUGUGCGCGUGUGUUUGUACGACGCGCCAAUUUGGAAGCGCAUGAACGCAUGCACCGGCCGUCAGGCCAGCACACCAUACAGUGUGAUCAGUGUAAAGAAGUUUUCUCCAACGAUUACGAGCUGCGCCGCCACAAGUAUCAGGCGCAUCAUGGCGCUUUGCCAGUGCGUUGCGCCUACUGUCACAAGGGUUUCGUCAGCAUGGCCUUUCUCAGUCGGCACACGCAACACUUCCACCCGGAUAAGUUGAACCAUACCAAUUUCGCGUCCGCCACCUGCAGUAAUUGCGGCUGCGCCUUCAGCUCGAUACACAAAUUACGCUUGCAUUUGCAGCGACCGCGUGACGAGAAUGGUCGCUGCAUUGAGCUGGUGCGUGAAGUUGCACCGUAUCAGGAGCGUGCACGCCAAAUGCGUCGACCGCGUCUACACUCCUGCCAUCACUGCAAUAAGCGUUUCUCUACGCGUGCCACGCUCGAAAAACACAUGAGCAUGCACGAGGCCGUCACGUAUGGCUGCAACGAAUGCACGACCACCUUCGCAAAUGCCAACGAGCUGAAGCAGCACGUCAUGCAGUUGCAUGUGAAGCCGCGCUACCUCAAAUGUGAACACUGCGACAAGCGCUUUUGCUAUAUGCGCGAAUUGCAACAACACCAGAAAGUGCAUGUUGCCGCAUUCGAGGACAAAACGCUGCACUGCCCCGUCUACAAGUGUGGCUUUGUGGCCUCGUGCGCGCAGGAGGCGCACGAUCAUGCCAUACUCAAGCACAAGCUCGUCGCCUGCGAGUACUGCGAUGGUCUAUUUGCGCGCAAUCGACUCUCAGUUCAUCUACGCGCCGUGCAUGCCGUCGAAAUUGCUGUGUCUGAAUCGAAUAACAACAACAACAAUCAGUGUAGUUUAGGCAACACGUUGACGGCGCAAAACGAAGACUCUUUGGCCGUGGCAAGCAUACUCAACAACACCAGUAACCUGGGCAAUGAUAACGACAUUAUGGUGUCAUUCGAAGACAGCGCCAACAGUGGCGGCGAGAAGGUGCGCGUGGAGUUGGUGCAGCAGCAUACGCCAAGUAUUAGCAGUUUAGUGUUGCAAGAGCAGACGUCCAACACUUUUAAACCACUCAUUCCAACGGCCGAUGACAUGGAGCAGAAUUUCCUAAUGAAUAAUUUGCUGGAUCCGGAUCAUGAAAUCAUAGUCACAUGAUAGACUGCAGAUGAACUAUUUCUAUAUAUAUAGUUGCGACAGUUAAUUUGAAAACAAAAAGAAUUUUUGCAAUUUUGUAUUGGCUGCGACUUCAAAAACAAAAAUCAGUGUGACCUAAAAGUGAAUAUCUCAUAGAAUUAUAACAUAAAAUAGUUUCUUUUGACUAUUCGAUAUUAAAAAUUGUUUGAAAAUAUGUUUAGUUAUCCAAAGAAUUUAUUUUAACUGUUGUUAUUUACAGCUUAAAAAACAACUAUUGAAUUAAAAAAAUUGAUGAAUUGCGCAUAAUGCAUUUUAAUAAUGUAAUUUUCGUAAGUCUAGUAAUAGAAUAAAAGCAUGUUAAAAAAACGCUUAAAAGAAAAAUAUUAUUUACGAAAAAACUAAAAAAAUAUUAUACGAGAAAACUAUUUCUAACGUUCUUUAACUACAAAGGCAGCACAUUAAAUCACAACUUCACAUGAAAAGUAAGCGAUUAAAAACAGUAUUUCAAUUAAAAAUAAAACGCUUAUUUAGUUAAAAAAAAUUUAACUAAAGUAUUGGCAAUGUUUUUCAAGCAAGACACAAUUUAAACGCAAAGAAAAUGUGUUAAAAUUAGUAAAUAAUUUGAAUAAAUAGCGCUACAUACAAAAAUAUUAUUAAUUUUGAGAUUUUAAGCAUAAAAAAUGCAUGUUCAAAAAUUCGAACACAAUUCGAAAAUUUAUAUUUGCCGCUAAAAUAUUAAAAUAGGCUGCUAGCAAUUGUAUAAACAAGUUUUUUGACAUAUAUAAUACAUUUAAAUGAAUUUCGAAUAUGCGUAAAAUAACUAAAAAGUAGAAAAAAAGUAUGCAUUUAAUAAUUGUAUAUGUAACUGCGAAAUAUUACCUAUAUAUAGCGGGCUGCAGACAUUACUUUAUGGCAAAGAGUAAAUGUUUUUGAAAAAUUAAAACAGGUUUUUAAAACAAAAAAAACCUAUUAAAAACACUAUUUUUUAGCAGCUAAAAAUAAAAGUAGCUUAAAAAUGAAAAAUUUUUAUUGCUCAUGUAUGUUUUUGUUAUUAAUAAGAAUUUAAUUUGAAAUAUUCGUAAUCAAAAUCAUGAUAAAAAUUACAUAUUUUUUUUAUUUAAUUUUUAAUUUAUUUGCAACGAAACAAAUUUGCGCAAAAAUAAAAUGUUACCAGUUUUAUUUAAGCAAAUAAAUAUUAUGUUAUUUUUUAUAAAAAUAUGCUAACAAUUUGGUCAUGAUUUUAUUUUCAAAAAUAUUAACGUAUUUAGUUAUGAAGGCUUAAAUUAUGCUACCAAUUUGGCAAUAUUAUAAAGUUCAGAUAUAUUUAUGUGUUUAGUUAUGAAGGCUGUUAGCUAGUAAUUUAAGUUUUUUUAUAUGAAUAUUGUAAACAUAGUGAGUUUUAUUAGUAAACAUGUUCAACUAUUUUAAUUUUUAAGUUAUUUUCGUAAAAAAUUACAUUUUUUAAUUACUUAAGUAUUGGUUUAGAGCGAAAACUCUUUUACAAAUCAAGAAAAGGCAAAUACUCAAUAAGUGGAACUUUUUGACAAGAUAUUUUUAUUUCGAACUUUCUAACAUAGCUGUAAAAUUUAACUGUAUUGUAUAGUUGGCUUUAAAAUAGACCUACAAACUUAAACUAACGCUCUUUUAAGCAUUCGAAAUUAACUUCGAAAAUUCGAACUUGAACAUUUUGCGUUUACUUUAGUUUUUCGUGCAAAAGCGCAGUUUUUCGUAACCCAUUUUAGUGAAAAUGUGUCAAAAGUUAUUAUAAAAUUGUAUAAACACGUGAAGUUUUGUAGUUUAUAUGCCUUUUUCAUUGCUAUGCUUCAAUAACGAGUUUGGUUUUUCUUAUAAAACAUCAUAUAUAUGUGUGUGUAUGCAUCGUAUAUUAUAAUAAAUAUAUAAACUAAGCUCGCACCUGCUAUGUAGUGUAUAUUAUUCUUUUUUUUUUAUUGUAUCAACACCAUUAUGUGAAUUUAAGAUAUUUUACAAAAUAUGUAUAAUUUUUACUUUUGUAGUUUUUAUUAGCUUUUUGCAUUCCAUGGCUUAAACAUGGCCCUUAAUUGUAAGUCGAUGCAUUGAAAUUAUAUUAAAAAUUAGUAGAAAGUCGAAAUUAUAAACAUUUAUGUAUGUAUACAUAUGAAGUAGUUGUAGUUGUAGCGAUUCUCAUCUAUAGACAUACAAAAAUUGGCCCAUAAACAUAUACACUCAUGCAUAACCACGCCUAACUGUACUCAUAUUUAAAGUUAAAAAAACAAGCCUGAAGCUAAAAUUUACAAAUAUUCGUA